GUCUGUGAAGGAUUCGGGGACGCCACAGACUCGGACGAGUGCUGUUGCAUCGUCAGUCCAUAAGAUGGUUGACUUUGCUGUAGUGCUUCGUCCCGAAAAGGAGAUUCAGAAUCUCAUUGACACUUUCUUGGAUAAGCAGCCGCACACAAUGGCUAUCUUCAACCAAACUAUAUAUGAACCUCUCCGCACCUGACCAGCUCCUAUCUUCAUCGAGACCAAGACCUCAUCCAGCAACAUGGAUACUGCCAAUAUUCAGUUUGGUAUCUGGGUCGCUGCGUGGCAUGAGCGUAUGCGCAGUAUCAUUGCGCUUUGGGGAGGAACAGACAAGAUUAUUAUGAUCCCCGUCAUUCAGGUACCGGUAGUUGGUGGUAUCUGGACCCUCCUGUUUGUCAUGGAUGCAGGCGCGGAAAUUGGCGUGCUUGGUGGGAACUUUCGGAUAGGUGAUACCGACAGCAUUUUGGCAUUUACCAGCUGCAAGCUGCUAUGCCCGCGCUUGCCGACUGGACCAGGGACACAUUUGAGCCCUGGUUUACUGCCCUUCUGACUCGCGCAACUGGAUUACAACUCUAGUAGUGACGAAAUGAGCCAGCGUCAAUUUACAAAGCGAAAGAGAUG